AUGCAAAGAGUCCCGUCAGUGACAACAGAGCAUCUCUUUUUCCCCUUCCUCUCGUUUUUUCUCCCAGGUUUGGAUGACAGCUUGCAGCAGUACGUUUGUAACUUCGAGAGGGAGAAAAUCAGCGGGGAACAGCUACUGAAGAUCACACACCAGGACCUGGAGGAGCUGGGCGUGGCCAGGAUCGGACACCAAGAGCUUGUUCUGGAGGCUGUUGAUCUGCUAUGUGCCCUGAAUUACGGAGUCGAAACUGACAACUUGAAGAAUCUGGUCAUGAGGAUGAGAGCUGCCACCAAUAGCCUGCACAUGGCUACGGCUGACCGCAGAAAAAGCCCAGCGUAUGAUGGAAGCAACUCUCGCAAGCCACCCAACGACUUCCUCACUUCUGUGGUGGAGCUGAUUGGCGUUGCAAAGAGCCUCCUGGCUUGGCUUGACAGGACGCCUCUUACCGGUAUCAGUGACUUCACAGCCACAAAGAACAAGAUCAUUCAGCUGUGCUUGGAGCUCACCACCACAGUUCAGCAGGACUGCAGUGUUUACGAGAUGGAAGAAAAGAUCCUUGAAGUUUCUAAGAUUUUGAACAAUAUCUGUGAUCAGACCGUGAGAACCACAUCUGACCCCCUGAUGAGCCAGUCAGCCUGCUUGGAGGAGGUCCAGCUGACCGACAUUAGGCCAGGCGAGGGUCUGGGAAUGUACAUCAAGUCUACCUACGAUGGGUUACAUGUCAUUACCGGAACCACAGAACAUUCUCCUGCAGACCUGACAAGAAAAAUCCAUGCCGGUGAUGAGGUGAUACAAGUUAACCAACAGACAGUGGUGGGCUGGCAGCUGAAAAACCUGGUUUUGAAGCUGAGAGAAGACCCCAAAGGUGUAAUUCUUCUACUGAAGAAGAGGCCCACUGGCACCACUGGCUUCACCCCCGCCCCGCUUAAGAACAUGCGCUGGAAGCCCCCUGUACCUCAGAAUAAUUCUUCCAUGAUCAGAGCCCAGUCCCCCUGCAGUUCGGCUAACGGAUCAACCAAAAAGGAGAAGCCAGCCAUCUUGGACUUGUACAUUCCACCUCCUCCUCAAGUGCCAUACUCCCCACGAGAGGUGAGGACAGAAUCUUUCUCCAGCAUUAGUAAAAGACCAAAGGGCUCUGAGUCCCCCAACUCCUACCUGGACCAGGAGAGCAGAAGACGCUGCACCAUCGCCGAUUAUGACAAGCUGAGAGCUGGCUGCCCCAUUGAAGCCAACGUCAUUCACCCCCGAAUGAGGGAGCACAAGGCUUCCCGUGGUAAACCGCGGCCACUCUCAAUGCCAGCAGAUACCUGUGUUGGAAUCACUGAUCCUUACGCCAAACCCUGGGCACAUGGCAGAAAGGGUGAGGACCUCCUGUACAGAUACCUGAGUAAUGAGCGGAUCACCACUAUUGCCGAAGAGGUGCCGUCCGUUUCCCCGCCCUACAGGCCGGCGGGGGAGCGUCACCUCGUCCGAGUGGACCACGCCAGAGGCAGCCGCUACUACUCCAACUCAGACCUCCACAGCAGCGCCACUAUUCCCUACCAAGAAGACACAAAAAAGGCCCCCGUAAACCCCAUCUCCAAGCGCACGUCAGCUGAACGCUCCCUACUGGGACCUGACCAGUUCUCUAGCAGUGACUUCCUCAACCGAUACAAUCAACCACAUGUUCGAUCCUGGUCCUUCUCUCAAGCAGUCUCCCUCCGGCACAAAACCAAGAAGAAGAGCCGAGGAGGCAAUGGUACGAUGAGCAGGAGGAGGAUCUCGGUCAAAGAGCUGGGUCAGCCCGACCACCAAGGCUGGCUGUACAGGAAGAAAGAGAGCAAAGGCUUCCUGGGCAUUAAAUGGAAGAAGUACUGGUUUGUGCUGAAGAAGACGGCUCUCUACUGGUAUGCCAACCAGCUGGCAGAAAAGGCCGAGGGCUACAUUGAUCUCACCAACUUCAUGAUAGACAUAGCCAUGGAGUGCAAGAAGAAACAUGCAUUCAAAGCCUGCCAUCCUCACGUCAUGAUGUUUUAUUUUGCUGCUGAGAGCCACGAGGACAUGAACCUUUGGCUGAAUAAGCUUGGGCUCGCCUCUAUUCAGUAUGAAUCAAAAGAUCAAAACACUGCAGCCGAGUGUUAUAGUGAGGCCAGUGAUCACGAGGAGGCUGAGAGCACGGACAUCCCACCUCCGCCAUACUAUGAGCAGACCACACGGGAUGCGUCCAGUCAACCUGGUAGUUCCCACCAGGGCACCCUCCCCCCGCCAUACUCGUCGGCAGUGGCCAGUGAAGCCAACGGUUCGCUCUCGUCGCCGGUCAGCACGAUGACCUCCCAGAGCUCGGCCUCCUCGCUCACCAAACAGCGGCAGUCCUGGUUGGACCUGGUCUCGCAGACAUCUCCCUCGACCGGGGAAACGGCCGUGGUGUGCUCGGUCCAGGUCCACACGCAUCCAUCCCCACAAGAGGAGGAGAUGCCCGUGGAGAGCAUAGUUCCUCAAGACUCGGACUCAACUGGGUCCAACGAGGAAAUCCAAGCAGUGGGGACGGAAGAACAGAGGGAGGUUUUGGUAGUUCAGGACGAAGUUGCAGGAGGCCAUGGAAACAGUUCAGAUGAGAUGGAGAAGCUGUAUAUUCAUCUUAAAGAGGCUAGCCUCUCACCCAUAGGAGAUCGUAAACCUUCCACAAAGAGAGAAUUCAGAGCCUCGUUUAUCAAACGCUGUAAAAACAAGAAUGUUAAUGACAGGCUGCACGUUAUCAGAGUGCUCAACAGCACAUUAAAGUCGAAAGAGGCAGAUUUACAGGCCAUAGAGCAGGUGCUGUCGGACCCUAAGCUGACCUCGGAAAAGUUCAGAGAGUGGAAGGACGCAAAUGCACCCCUCUUACAGGAGAUCUGCAGCAAACAGGAACAGCAGGUGGCGCCAGAGGCCGUCAAUAAUGCAGCACAGGCCAUUGCUGCUCCUGUGGUUGAGACCAGUUUAUAAAGACUUUUCAUGGCUUAUUUACUUGUUGUUGGACUUUCAGGAAUUCGGUCACAUCUUACACACACUGCUGUCAAGGACUCUUCUGAGACUCCAUUUUGGCUAUAAGUGGAUAUUUAAGUAGGAACUAAAUGUAUUGAUGAAGAGUGGAUCCAGCAUGGGGAUGGAGACAUUAGGAUGAGAAGCUCACAUCAAAAUGUGAAUUGUCUUAGUAUUACUUUUACUCUUCAGCUUGUGGGAUUUGCAAAUUUCGCAGCUGAUUGUUUUUAUGUUGCCAGUCUUUGAACUUAUGCAUGGAAAUAAUGGAGUAUGUUGAAAUAACCAUUAGAUCCAUUAUUCCCUACAUGGAAUCACAUGUUUUUAUUGGGAUGAGUUAUUUACUUAAGCUUCAGAUGGAGAGUACAUUCUUUGUUUUUUUAAAUGUUUCUGUGACUUACCGGUGCUGUGCACCCUGAAUGCCUGUUACACUUUUUAUAGCAGUGAUUGGUGUUCCACAUGCGUUUCCUCUGAUAUCUUGCCAACUAGUGAGACUUUUCAGACUGAAAAAUGCGGCAUGCGCUGACAUCAUAACACAAUAUAUAGGUGGCAAAUCCUUAGUCGUGUCACAAUUGUUUGAACAUUUUGUUCCACGAAGUCAAACCACCCUUUAGAUUUAAAACUCCAAGAUGAACACAAACUGUUUUAUUCAAAAUUUAAAUUUUGAAAUACAAUUUUUUAAAUAGAAUUUAAUAAAGUUGACGUAUGUGAUCAAGACUAUACUAGCUGUAUACGUUUAACGUGGGGGUGGGGGAAGCAGUAUUUGUUAGCAUUUUUUGAUAACAUGCAUGGAUAAUUGAUGAUCUAUGAAGACUGCCUGGAACUGUGUGAACCAGCCAGGCAUACGCUGUUCUAGAUAGAUGGAUAUGUUUGCAUCCGGAUGUAGAUGAGGGAUAAUAAGACAGGUUUAUGAAUCUCAGGCUGAACUAGGACCUUUGAUCAUGACUGAAACUACUAAAAGUAAUUCUCCUACUUUCCACAUAUGGAAAUGCCCUUUGUUUGCCCCCUCACAUUUCAUCUCUCAUGCAUGUUAGAUAUUUACUUGAUGUAAAUAAUUGUACAGUAAUGCGUGAUGUUAUUUGUAUUUGUUUCCUUGGGCUUUCACAUCCAGGGAAAUAAAGUAUUGUUACAGUCUAUCCAAGUUGUUUUUUAUUGUUGCUGAUUCCACUAUAUCUGCAUAUAGCAGCUGCAAAAUA